CCAUACCUCCCACAUUCUCUUCAAGAUGACUGCCGCCUGGAAAGCCGCCGGUUUGACCUACAACCGCUACCUGGCCAUCGCCGCCCGCACCGUGCGCCGUUCCUUGAAGGAAGGUCCCCGCCUCGCAUCUGAGCGCCGCGGCCAGAUGGAUCUCCGUUUCGCUAAGUGGGAGAACGGCAAGCAGGGUGAGGUCAAGUCGCUCGCCCAGGCCAACGACGAGGCCCUUGCCAAGGCCGCUGAGAAAUAG